UACGCGGUAGUUUAUUUGUAUUGUUUGGUUAUCAAGCGUUCAGCGUAGUCGAAAGCUACUAUCUCGGCCGCAUUCCUCGCCCCGCUGCCAUUCCGUUCAUUCGUUUAGUUCUCAGUUUGAAUUUGGCGCGCGAACAGUAGCCAUCUCCCGCGCCAUUGACUUGACAGCCACAGUCGAACUCGCCCUGCGGACCGCCGCCCGUGUGAUGCCCAGAACUUUUUGUUUUAUUUUGUUUUUAUUUAAUUCAGUGGUUGUACCGGACUGGUUUUUAUUAAACACGAAGAGACUUUAAGUACAGUUUAAGUGAACAAACAAACAAGGAUCUAAUGGAAUAAACAGUGGUUGAUAGUAACGGACGCUGCACCCACGCCGGUCAUCGUAAGUUGUAGUACGGCGUACUACGAUAUUUAUAAUGUUCGACGAGAGGAAAGUGAAUAUCGAGGGUGUACCCUUGAAUUCGGCGUCAGCAGAAAAACCUGCGGAGGUCGGCGUACAUAUAAACACGACACUAUCGAUAGCGUCUUCCAAGAAAAUAAAGUUGCUAUUCAUACUGAACUUUUUGUUGAGUGUACUGUGUAUGGUGAUAAGUAGUUCCAUAGCUUUUUACUACUGGAAUGAGAUGAUUUCGAUGAGAAGACAACUGGAUUCGAUGAGAGACCAGUUUUUGUAUCAAAGUGUGAAGGAUCACCAGGAUACCAUUCAGCAGAGUGCUUUAACCUCAGUGAGGAGUUAUAAACCAGAGAGGGAACCUCGGAUGGAGGUCAGUGUGGAUGAGUCUAAGCCUAGGAGGUAUUAUGUGGAAGACUUGGGUGAAGAUAUGUUGCUAGUAGACUCAAGCAAAAAGGCAGACAAGACAGAGAAGACUGAUGUCCCUGUGCUAGGCUUACCAAUAUUCCAAAAAGAACUUCUAGUCGCUCAAUUUAAUGGUGCUAUGAAUGAAAUCCACUUGGGAUCAAAAUCAAUAAUUGGUCCCUGGGAGCGUGACAUGAACGUGUCUUCCAAAGGCAGUGAAUCCAGGAUAGAGCUGCAUGCUGAGAAGGACUACGUCACGAUCAAGGAGAGUGGGCUCUAUUUAGUCUAUGCUCAAAUAGUAUACUUAUCCCGCGCCCCAAACUGCUACUUCCUCUGGGCGCGGCAGUCCUCCGUCCCGCGCAUGCUCUCAACCUGCGCCACCGGCGACAACACCUCCAACAAGAACCCCAAGCAAGCGCAGAUGUCCUGCUCUGUACAAACAGUCGCCAGGUUUACCGCAGGCGACACCGUCAACCUCGCGCAGCGGGAACCCAACCAGAUACUGUGGCUCAGGCCCGGCAACUCCUACUUCGGACUUCGAUUCAAGCGGGAUUUUAGAGUUAUUGUGCGAUGUUUGUCCGACAAACCCUCCGAUGGCGAUGGGAAAAAGCCUGAGCAACAGCCAAGUCCUGCAGCAAAAAAAGAAAAGCAAACAGAUUCUAGCACAGACAAAAUCCAAGCACUGUUGAAGAGUAUGAUGUCUGAGCCUUUAUCUAAGGAAGCAGAGUACAGAGCCAACUUUGCUUCGGCUCCAGACGUGAGGCGACAGCGGAAGAAUGAUGAAAUAGAGGUUAAAGUAGAGAAAAUAGAGGAGAGCAUUACAAAGGCAGCGGGUGAAGUUGCACAAGCCAUCGGUGGAGACAUGAAGCAAACAGAAGCAGAAUUACUGUCCAAAGUUCUGGGAAAAAUUAAUCAAACAUCUACGAGUCUUAGUGACCUGUUGGUUGGCAUGAAAGUAGACCACUCAAAAGGUGGUGAAGAAAGAGCCCCUGUCCACAAGGAAACACGAGGGGAGCAAGUAAAGAGAAUCGUCAGGGCUAAAGAGGGGCAACGGCAGAGCACACAGCAAACCAGGCCCAAGCAAGAUGUGAAGACAGUUAGGCCGCCAACUAGGGAACGGAAGAGCCUACCCCAGCCCACCAGCGUCAGCAUAUUCAGCGGCGAGCCGCUAAACAUCUUCAAUACUAAAGAGCACAACUACGGCACCGAACUGCCCGUGUGGGAGGCCCUUAAGCAGCGCGAGGUCGCGCUCGCCACGUCCCAGCAGCCCGCCAACUACUUCCAGAAGAUGGCGCUGUGGACCGAGCAGGGGAAAGUUUGGAUUCCUAUCAAUAAUGAGCAGGGUUUAGAAGAGGAAGCAAACGUCCACUUCUCCGAGCACAUAUUCCUGGACGCGCACCUCGAGGGCUGGUGUCCCGCUAAGGGCCCUAUUCGACACUUCAUGGAACUAGUGUGCGUGGGGCUCUCCAAGAACCCCUUCUACACGGCACAGGAGAAAAAGGACCACAUAAUGUGGUAUAAGGAGUACUUCGAGUCGAAGAAGGACGUGCUUGUGGACGUCGGCGCGUGGGAUGUCGGCAAGUCUAAGGAGGCGACAGUUUAGUAUUUAAUUAUAAGUAGUUAAUUAAUAAAAUUAGUUGAUGUUA